CUUGCAGCUUCCUCGGCCUUCAUUUCACYAACAAUCUCAUCAAUAUCUAACGUGACAUCUUCACYGUCUACUUCAGGAGGGACAUCUUCUUCGACCGGAAGAUCGGCAUGGUCUUCAAGUUUCAAGGAUUCCAAGCCAAGUUCCGAUUGAAGGAAUUUGAGGAUUCGUUUCGAGUGUCCCUCAGGGUUUUCGAUUGAAAAUCCACCAUUCAGAAGGGCCAUUUCUUGCAAAAACAGAGCAACAUCCUUCGCUUCCCUAGAUACCUCGUAGUCCUUGUCGGCAUCUUCUGGUGGGGCGCUYUCGAGGAGUUUUGUGAUCAUUGGGUGACGAGGAUUGAUUUCGAAAAUUUUCAUGGAUUGCGWGGCAAAGCCAUUCUGGCCUGAGCCAUACGCUUGUGCACGCAUUAGUCGCUCCAUGUUGGCAGAGUGUCCGUAUUCAGCACUGGAAACGAUAGCCGGGGCCGAAAUUGAUCGUUCAGAAACAGUGACUYUCAUGACGGAACGUCCAUACAAUUUUUUCAACCAAGUUGUAAGAGGCUUGAAUUUUUCUUKGUAGAAUUUCUGGCGCCGUGUGGCCAAGUCUUUGUCUUCUUUGUCGUCUUCUAAUUKAAUGCCAUCACUAGCAAUGUUCUUGAACCUGUGGCCGUCGAAGGAACGAAUGUUAUCGGCCAUGUAUUCAUCCAUAGGUUCCACGAAGUAAAGAACCUCAACUCCUUUUUCGGCGAAUUGCUCAAGGAAUUGUGACUUCUUUACUUUCUCAAUGUCGUCCCCUGCGACAAAGAAAAUAUCUUUCUGCCAUUCCUUCAUGUUCUCAACGUACUUCUCCAAGCCAACAAGUCCUCCAUCCGAUGUAGUACUCUCGUAACGAAGCAAUUUGAGAAUUUUACUUCUGUUCGGUUCGUCUUCAAUGGCACCGACCUUGAGAUGAACAGAAAAUUGCUUGUACCACUCAUUAUAUUUGUUCGUUGUUGGAGUCUUGUUAUCAUCAUCACCUUCUUCUUCUUCUGCAGCAGCAACUUCGUCGUCGGAUUCUUUUUGGAAACUCUUCAACAAUUCGAGUGCCUUUCGCACAACCUUCUUCCUGAUGAUUUUAAUAAUCUUAGAUUCCUGGAGUGUCUCACGACUGACAUUCAGAGGCAAAUCAUCGCUAUCUACAACACCCUUCAUAAAGUAAAGGUACCGAGGCAGCAAUUCAUAUUCGUCACUAAUCAAAACCUUUUUGACAUAAAGACUAAUUCCGAAUUCAUCACCAUGAGGAAUCAUUCCAUUCAUGCCUUGARGGCUAUCCAUAGGGAGGUACAAAAUGGAUUUGAAAUUGAUAUUUCCUUCUGCGCUGAAAUGCGUCCAUAGUUCAGCUUUUUUAUUUUCAUCCUUUGUGAGCACCUUGAAGAAAGCUUGGUACUCUUCGUCRGUGAUGUCUUCCUUCGAGCGAGUCCAGAUGGCAGGAUUUCCAUUCAAAACUUCCCAAUCAAAAGUUGUGACUUCCUUUGUUUUCUUUGGCUUUUCUUCAACCUCUUCCUCUUCUGUUACUUCUAAAUCAUCUCCGUCCGUCUUCUCAUCGUCGGCGGCGCUGUCUUCGUCAUCCUCCACCUCUACUUCCAUCGUAGUUACCGUUCUCAAUGAUAUUGGAUGGGUAACAAAUUCUGAAUAAUGCUUUGCAAGUUGGGAUAGUUUGUUCUCGUCGGCGUACUCGAGACAGUCCUCUUUGAGAAAAAGUGUGAUUUCCGUACCUCUCGUGAGAGUGGUGCCUCGCGGAUCUUCGUAAAUAUUGAAUUCAGAAGAUCCAUUGGCGGAAGUCCAAACGUAUUGAGUAGGAGAAUUGUAGUGUUUGCUGGCAACCUGGAUGCGAUCCGCAACGAGGAASGCGGAAUAAAAACCAACACCAAAUUGACCGAUUUGUGAAAUUGCUCCGGAUUCUUUUCCAUCCGAUCCUUCUGCUUUCAAUGCCUGCAAGAAUUUGGUCGUACCACUGCGAGCAACAGUGCCCAGAUUAGCAACAAGCUCAUCGUGAGUCAUACCAAUACCUGUGUCUCGGAUGGUGAGGGUGUUCGCAUCACCAUCGUAUUCGAUUUGAACCUGAAGCUUUUCUUCGCCCUCCAAAAAAUCGGGAUUUGUAAGCGACAAGAAGCGAAUUUUGUCGAGGGCAUCGCUGGCAUUGGAAAUAAGUUCUCUCAAGAAGACAUCCUUGUUUUGGUAAAGCGAGUUGACAACGAUGUCAAGCAUUUUGGAUACUUCGGCCUCAAAAGUGAAGGACUCGGCUCCAUCAGGAACGGCAAUAUUGGCAGCAGGGGUUUCUUCGGCGCCAACUAGCAUGGAGACCGACGACGAGGCUUCAUAUUUUUAUCAGUUCCCAGAAAUAAAUUAGAGUUUAACAC